AUGGCCUUUCGGAGAGCCUUCGCCGCGGCGACUCUAGUUGCUGGCACGGCCGCGGCCCAAGUUGCCACAUUCUCCUCCGGUGGUUAUGGGGUUGCAGUCAACGUCCCGUCAGACACAGCCUCGUCUGGGAGUGGGCCCAUCUACCUCCAAAUCAGUGCUCCCAGUGGCACAGAAUGGGUUGGCAUUGGACAAGGCUCAAGAAUGUCGGGUGCAAAUAUGUUGGUGGUUUAUGCUGCCGACAGCUCGAAUGUGACCGUCUCCCCGCGGCUAGGCACGGGUCAUGUCGAGCCUAAGGUCAAUUCAAAUGCACAAAUCUCCGUGCUCGAGGGCAGCGGUAUCACCAGUGAUGGGCAAUUGAUUGCCAACAUCCGAUGUGACACGUGCCUCAGCUGGAGCGGCGGCAGCAUGUCCGUGACCGACAAAUCCAGCAAAUGGAUUUAUGCUUACAAGUCUGGGGACGCCAUCGCCUCGACCAGCACCGAUGCCGAUAUCUCCCAGCACGACGAGAAUGGCGCUUUCACGCUGGACCUGACCUCCGGGACUGGCGGUAGCUCUGCCAACCCCUUUAUAUCCUCUUCUGACGGUUCUUCAUCCUCCGCAACUGGCAGUGCGGCGACCGCUUCCACAGCCACUUCAACCGCCACGGCAGGUGUUUCAAACCCUCUGGCAAGCUCGAACCCGUCAACCGUUGGAUCCAGUCACACGUCCGUCGGUGGGCCAGACGACAAGCUUCGAAUUGCCCAUGCCAUUGUCAUGCCGCUGGUGUUUGUGCUUCUGUUCCCCUUCUCUGCUCUCACAAUCUAUCUGCCGUAUCAUGAGAAGGUCCGACAUAUUCAUGCUCCCCUGCAGAUCAUCAGUCUGUUGCUUAUGAUUGUUGGCCUCGGUCUCGGUGUACAACUCGCCAAGCAACUGGAUGAACUUACUGGCUACCACCAAAACCUGGGUUACGUCCUCGUGGUGUGGAUGGGCAUCAUUCAACCCGCCUUGGGUCUGGGCCAGCAUCUGCACUUCCGAAGGAAAGGCACCCGCAGCCCCAUGGGUCACACCCAUCGCUGGAUGGGCCGAUUCUUCAUUAUUUUGGGCAUUGUCAACGGCGGUUUGGGCUUGAAGCAAUCUGGGCCCAUCGGAAACAAGAAUGCUCCGACCUGGUCUGUUAUUCUAUACAGCGUGGUCUCUGCAGUAUGUUUCAUAUUGUAUGUUGUCGUCAUCACUGGGGCGGGGCGUACCCGGAGGAGUCCGGCCAACCCAAACAGUCUUCCAGGCGAAAAGCCCCGGCCACGGACACAAGAAUAUGAGCUUCACGGCCGGUAA